GCAGCAGAAAUCAGUAGAGCUUUCAUCCAGCAACAACAUAGAAUUCCAUUGAAACGAAGGGCGAGUAAGCUGAUGCGUGAUCUAUUGUAUUGAGUGCCAUUUUACCAAAUCAACAUUUCCACAAAUAUCAAAAUUUCUGUAAAUUCCUGAACUAUGACGGUUAUCACAAAACCGUUGAGUGGGGAGAAGAAGCCGGGGGAUAAGGUUCCCCUUGUUCUGCCGGUUAAUGCUGAGGGCCUGGAUGCUGAAAAAGGAGGCGCUGGAGCGCAACGGUUAAAUGAGCGAUAUCAUUACAUUCUUCGCAACCGAGCGGCUCGAGUGUCCUCAGCGACCAUGCUUUGUCUCCUUAUCAUGGCCCUGUUGGUCAUGACGGUUGGACUCUUUGGGGGACUGUAUAUCUACAAGCAAAUGUCCAGGGCAAGGCUCCAAAAAUGGAGAGGAUGGUGUAAUGUCCCUUAUCUAACGGAAUCUCCAUACCACAGUGGACGAAUUGAUCAGAACUUCAGGGACUCGGAACUGAAUGAUCCCCUCUUGGGCAUGCAAAAAUUGGAAGGAGCAAAGAAGAUUGACAAUGAUGGUUUGAGUAAUUGGUACGAUCCUUCUGACCCCGAUGCUGAAUCUUACCAGGACACCAACUUUUUCCGUGAGGAGUUUGAAAUCGAUUUGACUGAUGAAAAGUACACCAAGGUUGAAGUGCCCGAUUUCAAAAAUGGACGACUCGGAAGAUUCAUUCAUGAGUUCGAUUCGAACAAAACUGCUAUCGUUGAUCAAACUGGAAAGCGAUGCUUCAUUAUGCCACUCGAUCGAGAAAGGAUUCUGCCCCCGAAAUCCAUGUACGAUAUGAUUGAAAAAAUGUGGAAAGGGUAUUAUUCCGUGAAUACGCAACGUGUCCGUGAAAACAUGAGGGUCGUGCUGCCUGCCGUUGAUGAUCUGUCCGAACUAGGAGAAUACAUUCAGCAAGAAUGUGAAGACAAGACGACAUACCGUCUGGAAAAAGCUACUGACAGAGUUUACAAGCGGUCAAUCUCAAGUGCUCAUGAGCUCCCAUUCACCGAAUUUGCUGGAUUAUACACCAUCGACUACGACAUUGUUAAUCUGGAUCAAAUUGGGAUUCAAGAGCAUCACUAAUUCAAAUACGAUUCUAUAACACCCAUCCAUUUGUUUUAUAUCUUUAUGUUCCGUGAAAGAUUGGCGAUUACUACGUACGUACACAAUUUAUUAUAACCUGUUCCUAUUUCAAGUAUUCACUUAUAGUUUAUAGCUUAUUAAAUUCUAGUAUUGUAUAUCUAAUUCCAAGGUUUAUAAUAUCGUUUUGCUGCAAUGCAAUUGCAUAUAAUGCUUAGAAUUUACCUAUCGUUGAUGUUUAGCGUUUAUGAGUUCUCAUCAUCCAAUCAGUAAUCGUUCAAUCAUUUUACAUUAUGAUACGGUAGGAUAAGACACAAUAAUGUAAGUGAAAAUAGAGUAUAUAUAUCUAUAUAAUAUUUCUUAGCGUGGAGUACCCAUGUCUGUCUAUUAAUUUAAUUUCCAAAAGUGUCCGAACGUGCGAGAUAUUGUAGGUCACUUCACUGAUAAUGCAGCGGUAAAACUCCCCAUCCAAUUUUUGUUUAUCUCAUUUGUUAACUACUAUUUACAUGUAUGUAUAGUCAGAACCAUCAUUGUCGUGCAACCGUGCUAACAAUCAUAUAAUUGUCUAUACCAACCAAAAACUAAAUUGUAUUUAUGUGUGCGUUAAAACUACAAGUCAGAAACACACGACAAUUCGUUAUCUAAAAAAAAUAGGGCAAAAUAUUCAUGUCCGCCCCCAAAAAAGGUCUCCUAAAUAUGCCAAAGUCUCGACCCGAUGGAUAUAGUACGAAGUAACAUUCCGCAAGAUUUUCGGACUAUUUGUCAAUCAAUUUUUUGAGGGAAUUAUAAAUAUAUAUAGCUCGCAUAAUCUAUUGUUACUUAACGGUGGUGACCUGUAUAUUUGUGUGUUAAAAAAGUAGAUCUUAGUUCAAAUUUAGCAUUUACAUAACUUACAUGACAAAAAAGUGUACCACAUUUCAGAAAUAAUAAAAACACCACCAACCAACUCUCUUACUUAAACCCAAAAAAA